AUGCAGUCUCUGUUCUCUGUUCUCCCUGAGGGAGUAUUCAUAUUCCUGUACGCUGACGACAUAGUAUUGCUUGUGACCGGGAAAACGAUCGGCAGAAUUCGAAUCAAGCUGCAGGCGGCCGUUAACGCUGUACGCCAGUGGGCGUUGUCCGUUGGUUUUCGGAUCUCCAUCAGUAAAAGCUUUAUCUCCCAUUGUUGCACCUCUCACCAUCGGGCAUACGAUAGGCCAAUACGUAUAGACGAUACCGUUAUCCCGUUUCGUAAAGAACCCAGGAUACUUGGUAUCACACUGGAUCGAAUGCUUACUUUCAUGCCACAUUUCCGCAAACUCAAGAAAGAUUGCGAGAGUCGAAAAAGACUGACCCGCACUAUUUGCACACGACACCCGAAAUGCAACCGACAAUUAGCCCUAAAUAUCAGCAACUCGCUCAUCAACAGCCGUCUUUAUUACGGCAUCGAAAUUACGUGCCGUAACAUCCCGGGAAUGAUCAACAUUCUUGCACCGCUCUUCCAUGGAUCCAUCCGUGCCGCAUCAAACUUACUCCCCAGCACACCGGCAGAAAGUGCCUGUAUGGAGGCCGGCGUCCUUCCAUUCCGCUGGACGAUAGCCUUGGUGGCACUACGGCGGGCACUCGGCUUCUUAGAGAGAACCUCCGGAGAAGAAGACUGUAGUAUUUUGCGAACUGCUAAGGCCAUCCACGAAGAAUUCUCUACAUUUCCUUUACCUCCGCUGGCUCGCCUUCAUUGGGUAUGGCACCGACCAUGGAAUAUCAGACCCCCCAACAUCGACACUACUCUUGCCCGAUCCGUCGGAGCGGGAGCGGCCCCCGAAAUUGCUCGGGCCGCAUACUACCAGCUCAUCGAUCGCUGCUUUUCGAACCACGUCAAACUUUUUACUGACGGAUCUAAGACGGACAGGAACGUCGGAGUGGGUGUGAGUGGCAUCGGAGCUGGCCUCGCAUUCCACUUACCGCCGACAUGCUCUGUAUUUUCAGCCGAAGCUGCUGCGAUAGCAUUGGCUUUAUCAAGGAAACCAGAAGGAAUUGCAACAGUCAUCUGCUCUGACUCACUCUCGGUGAUAUCGGCAUUGGAAUCUGGAGAAUCUCGUCACCCUUUCGUGCAGGCGAUAGAAAUGUACGACGACCCAUUAACCACUAUUUGCUGGAUACCCGGUCAUAGUGGGAUUUCUGGUAAUGAAGACGCCGAUAACCUUGCCGCACUAGGUCGUACCGCAAGAAGAGCUCUAACCAAGGAGGUUCCGAAACUAGACAUCAUCCGAGCCUUCAAACAAAGCGUCUUACUUGAUUUUCAGAGGCAGUGGAGAAACUCACACGGCUACCUCCACAAAGUGAAAGACACAGUACAAAAAUGGGUGGACCGUGACAACAGGAACGAGCAACGAAUACUUUCCAGACUGAGGGUGGGACAUACUAGGAUUAGCCAUGCCCAUAACCUAUCCCGAACCGAGCCCACUAUAUGCAACACAUGCAAUACAAGACUGACCAUUGAACACCUGCUUGUCAAUUGCAUCGAACUCGCUGAUCUUCGUCGAGCCCAUAACCUACCUACCUGCAUCAAAGAUGUGUUGGCUAACGACCCAACGAGAGAGGAGGCCAUACUGCUCUUCCUCAAAGACGCCAAAAUAUACAAUACCGUCUAA